CUAGAUGUUGUGAAGACAUGUUGUCUUUCUUCACCAAGGAAAGAAUUCUGCAAUCAUCCACUUGGUGUUGCUGAGCUUGCCAGUGCAUUCCUUCUUUUUUAGAAUGUACCAAAUUGUUGAUUUGGCCACUCCUAAAGUUUCUGCUAUCUCUCUGAUAGGUCUGUUUUGUUUUUUCAGUCUAAUGAUGGCCUCCUUCACUUGCAUCAACACCUCUUUGGACUACAUAUUGAGAGUUCCCAUGAACAGCUACCAAAUGUAUAUUCAACACAUAGAAUCAACUCCAGACCUUUUAUCUUUUUAAUCUGUCAUGAAAUAAUGAGGAAACAGGCCACAUCUGGCCAUGAAACUGCUCAUCAGUUACUUUUGAGCCUGUGAAAUUGGAGGUAUUAUGUAAAAAAUGGCUGUAAUUCCUAAACAGUUAGGACAUGAAGUCUAUUGUCACUCAAAUAUGCACUCUUUACAACUGUGGUGAGCAGAAAAGCAUCUCAGAAUGCACAACACAUCAAACCUUGAAGAAGACCACAUCAAGUUCCACUCCUGUCAGCCAAGAACAAGAAUCUGAGAGAACAAGAACACAAAGUGGACAGUUGAAGACUGGAAGGCCAUGUAAUUUUUUUUUCCUGAUCUUCAACUGUCCAGUUUUGGUGAAAAAUGGGCAAGCGUAAGGAUCUGAGCGACUUUGACAAGGGUCAAAUUGUGAUGGCUAGACGACUGGGUCAGAGCAUCUCCAAAAUGGCAGGUCUUGUGGGGUGUUCCUGGUAUGCAGUGGUUAGAACCUACCAAAAGAACCUACCAAGCAAGGACAUCUGGUGAACCAGCAACAGGAUCAUUGGCUCUCAAGGCUCACUGAUGCGUGUGGGGAGCAAAGGCUAGUAUGUCUGGUCCGUUCCCACAGAAGAGCUACUGUAGCACAAAUUGCUGUAAAAGUUAAUGCUGGCUAUGAUAGAAAGGUGUCAGAACACACAGUGCAUCGCAGCUUGCUGCAUAUGGGGCUGCGAAGCUGCACACUGCUCAGACUGUCCAUGCUGACCCCUGUUUGCCACCGAAAACGUCUACAGUGGCGUGUGAGCAUCAGAACUGGACCAUGGAGCAAUAGAAGAAGGUGAUCUGGUCUGAUGGCCAGGUGCGUGUGCAUCACCUACCUGGGGACAAGAUGUCUCUUGGUGUUUUGGUGCCAGAUACCACAGCACAUUUUCAGAGGUCUUGUGGAGUCCAUGCUUCGACGGGUCAGAGCUGAUUUGGUGGCACAAGGGGGACCUACACAAUAUUAGGCAGGUGGUUUUAAUGUUAUAGAUGAUCUGUGUAUAUUAGAUAUGGUAUAUUUGAUCAUUAAAGAAAAAUGUGUCCAUUUUGCUAGUUUAAACUUUGUUGACUCAUGUAUCUUUGCCAAAAAAUAAUCAGAAGACACUGAUAUUAUUGAUAUUAUUUUGAUGUCAAGAGAAUACUGAAAAUUAAUCCUUGCCACUCAGUUGUUUCAUUCACAUUUCCCACAGUCACACAAAUGAAACAGUUUUGUUCCCACACUGUUGGCAUCCACAGGAGAAGUAGAGUUCCUGGCACCUCCUAAAACUCUAUUUAACUCUUACCUCUACUUUUUUUUCAGUACGAACACUUCACAUGUCAUGUUUCACACAUUUUCACAUGUGGAAUUUUCUUAUGUAGUGCAUGUUUUCGUUUUUGUUUUUCCCCCCUAUUCUUUUAUUAUUCAUGAUAUCAUGGCACUCACAUAAUCACAUGUGAUAAACAUGGUCACAUGUGAAAUAUAGCAAAAUAAUUGUGCAUUCUUGGAUUCUGUGGGUUUUGUAAAAGCUAAAUCUGUUAAGGUGUUGUAUCUUUUCUCUUAAUAUAUAUGGUUUUCAGCUUAGAGUCUGAUUUAUUCCUUAAAUCAGUUAGGCCAUGGUGCUCUCACUGGCACUCUCGAGAUUUGAUUCCUGGCCAGGGAAUAACCCCAGCCACUGGGGUUGCACAUGACAGUGCACUCCCAGUGCCAGUCCCAAGCUUGGAUAAAAUUGGGGAGGGUUGAGUCAGGAAGAGCAAGCAGUGUAAAAAACUGUGCCAAAUCAAAUAUGCAGAACAACGAUCCACUGUGGUGACACCUAACAGGAGCAGCCGAAAGAAGAACAACAGCAUUAUUUUUCUGUAAUUUACCAGACUAUGAGCUGAAUAAUUGAUUGUGUGCUACUGAAUAGUAUUCGUUUGUUUGUUUGUUUGUUUGUUUAUGCGCCUUUUCAGGUAUGCAACACAAUAUAACUAUUUAUAAAAAAAAGGCUUUAAUGAGUAGAAAGAGCCCUGGCGCCUAGGUGGUGGAACAAACCUCCCCUGGCUGUCUGAACAGCUGGGUCACUAGCUGUCUCCAAAUGAAAACUAAAGACCUACCUUUUCACCAAGUACUUAAAUUAGCACUCUGGAAUUAAAAAUAAAUCAUUGUCUUGUGUUUCUCAUACUGUGCUAACCUCCCCAAAAGGGUUUUGAUGGUAUUCUUAGUCCCUGACCUAGUAAACUAUCUGGAGGAUGUGGUUGUUUUUUUUUUUUAACUUUAAACCACUUUUGUAAGUGGCUCUAUAUAAAGGUGUCUGCCAAAUGCCAUAAAUGUAAGUGUAAAUGUAGAGUAAUAGAAUAAACAGGCUUUGAGGUGUAGAAAGAGAAUAGUAAUAUUGUGAGAAGAAAAUGUUUUAAAAGAUUUCACAGAUCUGAAGGAAGCAACAGAAGUGCAGUCACUGUGAGAUUGGGGUAGGCCAUUCCACAGUUUGAAGACCAUUUUCUAAAGGACGUGCCACUCAUUGGUGGAUAGUCUGCUGUAAGGAUGACCGGAGAGCUUGAGAUGGAAUACAAGGAUGGAGAAGCUCACAGAGAAAGAUCUCUCUUCAUUCAUCUGGAGAUGUCGCCCAUACUGAAAUCCAUCUGGAGCUUAAAGAAUGGCAUAAUUCUUUUCUUCACGCCUCUAAUACUUCUUCCACUUCCACUGUAUGUGGGCACAACGGAGGCCAGCUGUGCUUACGUGAUCUCACUGAUGGCAGUGUACUGGUGUACAGAAGCUCUUCCUCUGGCUGUGACUUCUCUGCUGCCUGCUGUCCUCUUUCCUCUGUUCGGCAUCAUGAAGUCAAAACAGGUGUCUCAAUAUUAAGGCUCCAUGUUUAGGCUCUAAUCUGAAGUUUCUGCACAUCACUGGUUUAUUAUCUAAGUAUCACAUUAAUCUGAUUCUUCUUUUCCAUUGAAUUAUGGCUGUUAAAUUAACUGUACUGUUUAUUCUCCUGUCGUUCUCCAGGUGUGCAUUCAAUAUUUAAAGGACACUAAUAUGUUGUUUGUGAGUGGCCUAAUGGUGGCAGUAGCUGUCGAGCACUGGAACCUGCACAAGCGCAUUGCUCUCCGAGUGCUGCUCCUCGUUGGAGUGCGUCCAGCACUGCUAAUGCUAGGUUUCAUGGCUGUUACAUCUUUCCUCUCCAUGUGGAUCAGUAACACCGCCACCACAGCUAUGAUGGUUCCCAUAGUGCAGGCGGUCCUGGAACAACUGAACAACCAGGAAAUCGAUACAGUCCCACUCAGCUCCUGCAUGGAGCCCAACCAGGCAACAGACACACAAAACAAUGAGUCGGCUAAACAAAAAGACGGGCAAGCAGUGGUGUUAAGUGGUCUGAACAUGUCAACUGAAGCUACCAGGCAUCAAGAUGCAGCAGAGAGAAAACGGAUAUGUAAAGGCAUGACGUUGUGUGUGUGCUAUGCUGCCAGCAUCGGGGGAACAGCCACGCUCACAGGCACAGGCCCUAACCUGGUACUCAAGGGACAAAUGAAUCAAUUGUUUCCACAGAAUGGUGAUGUCAUCAAUUUUGCAUCCUGGUUUGGCUUUGCAUUUCCAAACAUGAUCCUGAUGCUAGCUUUAGCCUGGCUGUGGCUGCAGUUUCUUUUCAUGGGAUUCAACUUCAGGAAGACAUGGGGCUGCAAGGGAGUGCAGACAGAGAAAGACAUUGCGGCGUAUAAUGUGAUCCGAGAGCAGCACCGGCUGCUUGGACCUAUGACAUAUGGAGAGUUCAGUGUGUUGGCUCUCUUCAUUCUACUUGUGGUCCUGUGGUUCACCCGGGAUCCCGGCUUUGUGGCUGGCUGGGCCACACACACGUUCAACUCAGAAGCUGAGUAUGUGACAGAUGCCACAGUGGCAGUUCUCAUCGCUGUGCUUCUUUUCAUUCUGCCAUCAACACCACCGAUGUUCUGUUGCUGGCCACCCUCUAGUCCUGGUCCAGCUCUGCUUACAUGGAAGGUAGCUCAGAGGAAAAUGCCCUGGAACAUAGUUCUGCUCCUUGGAGGAGGAUUUGCACUGGCCAAAGGGAGUGAGGAAUCAGGUCUGUCCAGAUGGAUGGGUAAUCAGCUAACACCUCUGCAUAGUAUUCCUCCUUGGGCCAUUGCCAUUGUCCUCUGUCUCCUGAUAUCCAUUUUCACUGAGUGCACCAGCAAUGUGGCCACCGCUACCCUCUUCCUCCCUGUCCUGGCCUCUAUGUCACACUCCAUUGGAAUGAACCCCCUGUAUGUCAUGGUGCCCUGCACACUCAGCGCCUCUUUUGCCUUCAUGUUACCCGUGGCAACACCUCCCAAUGCUAUCGUAUUCUCCUAUGGCUACCUCAAGGUUUCAGACAUGGCAAAGGCCGGGAUAAUGAUGAACAUUAUAGGGAUCUUCUGCAUCACAUUGUCCAUCAACACCUGGGGAAAGGCAAUGUUCCAUUUGGACUCUUUCCCUACAUGGGCCAACAGCACAGGCUUGUGAAAGCCAUGACAGACACAAGUUACGAAACACAGCAAACUAAUACCAGUACACAAAUCAUGCACCAUGACAGAGCCCAAACGUGAAUUUUUUUCAUACUCCAUCUACAGCUCCUGUUAUUAACACAAAUGGCCUGAUUCACUAAGUCUGCAUGCUUUCAUCUUCAUGGGAUUGUAUAUUUCAGAAUUCAAAGUCCAAGUCAUUGAUGCCAGGGUUUGAUUAGUGUUUCUAUAAAUAUAAUGCAUAUUUAAGGUAGAUAUUAAAUGUAUAUAAACAUUUGGAAAGAAAACAGUCAUUAAAUCUCAGUCUAUGUGUCACCAGGGAAGUGCAAUUAUAAUUAUGAGUCUCGUGUUUACUAAGUUGAGGAUUUUUUUUAGACUAAGAUUCACGUGCCAGCAUUCCCAACACCUCCUGCUGUGCUAAUGUUGUAGAAAUUCUUAUGUUUGUCUCUUUUAGUUUAAUAUUAUUAAUCAUAUUUAUUAAUACACAAAAGUGGAGCUUACAUUUAGUAAAAUUCAGUUUAUAAUAUUUUAUUGUUCACACUGUUAAGGAGAUUUUAGUACUCUAAGUUUAUAUUGGUUGCAGUGUAGUUAGAACUCCCAAUGAGGACACUUUUUUCUUGCCAGUUUGAAUGAACCCAGUGCUCAUCAUUACCAUCAACAUAUUUCCCUAAGCAGCCUAACAAUUAUGGACACCGUGGAUCAUGGAAUUCUAGUAGUCUGUGUGUUUCUUACUCAAAACACUGUGUGCUAUUUUUAUGUGCUGUAUGAAAUUUUAUACUGUUUUAUACCUGUACAAAUAAAAUCUGAAGGGUAUUUAUUUUGUAUAGUAGACCCUACCAAGGUCUCACCUUAUAACGUGACCUGUGUUGUCAGGGUCAAUAUGUUUGUAAAAAAAAAAAAAAAAAAAAAAACUUUAUAAGUUUAUGCCUGAUUGAAAUUUGAUUUUAAGUCUUGUAGGUUUUUGUGCAAUUUAAGUUUAUUUAUUAAAACUUUGGAUUUAUUCACAAAAAAACAUAUUGUAAAAUUUAGUCAAUUUUAAAAGAAAAAAAUCACUGCAAUAAAAACUAGUUUCAGUGAUUCGUGACUGGCACUUUAAAGUGAUGCACUAAGUCGAGUAUGUAAAAGAAAUGUGGCUUUCCAUUUCUGUUGGAGAACAGAUGCAAGUAGAAAUGCAAGAACUUUAAUAAAAACAGAUAGCUUAA